GUCUGUGUGAAGUUUGUCCUUCCGCGGUUCUCGUCACACUGACAGCAGCAGUAAACAUGGAGAGAGCCUGCACUGUCCGCAGAACCAAAGCUUUUCAAAACCACCAGAACCCGCAGGACGGGCCGAGCGGACUCAACGGACUCAACGGACUCGAGCCCACGGGACGGAAGCGCAAGCAGAAGCCGGAAGUGAGCGCGCAGCUGCUGUCAGAGGUCACGGGCGGGCUGCUCGUGCUCGGGUUCGUGUGUUUGCUGUGGGUUCUGGUUGUGCUCUCGCUACAGCAGCUCGUCAUCAGAUCCAGCGGAGAAUUUAACGCCAUCCGGGCCAGGAAGCAUCUGGAUGAGAUGACGAGUGUUGGUCCGCGCACCGUCGGCAGUGAUGAGAAUGAAGUGAUGACAGUGAAUUAUCUUCUGGAUCAGAUAGAAGAGAUCCGCGUGGAGAGCGUGUCUGGACCUCACAGCAUCACCGUAGACGUCCAGAGACCCACCGGAUCAUUCACCAUUGAUUUUCUGGGAGGAUUCACCAGUUAUUACGACCGCGUGACAAACAUCGCUGUCAAACUGGAGCCAAAGACCAGCGCACAACACUUCAUGCUUGCAAACUGCCACUUUGACUCUGUGGCCAACAGUCCUGGUGCCAGUGAUGACGCUGUGAGUUGUUCUGUGAUGUUGGAGGUUUUACACUCUCUGGUGAAUCUCUCGACGCCUCUCAAACACGGCGUCAUCUUCCUGUUUAAUGGAGCUGAAGAAAACGUCCUACAGGCGAGUCAUGGGUUUAUUACCCAGCAUGCCUGGGCUAAGCAGGUUCGAGCAUUUGUGAAUCUGGAGGCUGCCGGUGUGGGGGGGAAAGAGGUGGUGUUUCAGACAGGUCCAGAGAACCCGUGGUUGGUGCAGGCGUAUGUCCGUGCCGCCGUUCAUCCGUUCGCCUCAGUCGUGGGUCAGGAGGUGUUUCAGAGCGGUGUCAUCCCCUCAGACACAGACUUCAGAAUCUACAGAGAUUUUGGGAAUAUUCCCGGAAUUGAUCUGGCUUUCAUAGAAAACGGUUUCAUCUAUCACACAAAGUACGACACUGCAGAUCGCAUCCACACAGACUCCAUCCAGAGAGCAGGUGACAACAUCCUGGCGCUUCUCAAGCAUCUGGUGAUGUCAGAGGAACUGGGCGACUCUUCUGAAUAUCGUCAUGGAAACAUGGUUUUCUUUGAUCUGUUGGGUGUGCUGGUGGUGGCGUAUCCCGCUCGAGUCGGCACCAUCAUAAACUACAUGGUUGCCGUGGCGACCUUCAUCUAUCUGGGCAAGAAAUGCAUGCUGCCUAAAAAUGUGGGUGGUCGGUACGUUCGUGAUCUGGUGUACGGCUCGUGUGUGGCUCUCUUGAGCUGGUUCGUCACUCUGUUGACGGUUCUGAUCGUGUCUCUGUUGAUCACUCUGAUGGGCCGCUCCAUGUUCUGGUACAGUCAUUUCUACACCGCCGUCUGUCUGUACGGAUCUGCUGCCGUGGGAAAGAUCGUUCUCAUUCACGCGCUGGCUAAGAACCUUUAUUACGGGGGCGUUCGGCAUCUGGAGUUGGGCGAGCUCUUCUUUGAUGUCAGUCUGUUGUUGUGGUGUUGUGCGCUUGUCUUCCUUACUCAACACAAUCUGUGUUCAGCGUAUGUGCCCCUGAUGAUGGUGGUGUUCCCUCUCACCAGCAAAAUACUGCUGACCAAUCACUUCAAACAGAGAGGGGCGUCUCUUCAGUACUCACUUCUGAUGUGAUGUCUCGCUGUGCCGUACGUUCUCAUGUUCUUAAUCUGGGUCGUCUUUGAGAUCUUCACAACCCAUUCUGGGCCGCGCGGAACAGAACCCUCCCGAUGUCGUCCUGCCUCCCUUGUUACCCUGGCAACGGUUAUUCUCUUUCAUAUUUUGUGAGUGACCUAUAUCAUGAAUAUUGUGACUGUCAUGUCUCACACCAGGAGGAUCUUGACUGGUCUGGGAUCAGUUGUGCUGAUGUUUUCUCUGGUCUCCUGUGGUCUUUUCCCCUACUCUGGAGAUCAGUCCAGCCCUCGACCCAAACUGUACUUUGUUGCAGGCUGCUGUGUGUUUGUUUGUCAGCACAUGAUGCGUGUGUUUCACGCUCUGGACGGAUCUGUGGAGCGUCAGGAUUCUGGUCUGUGGAUCAACAGUCUGGAUUAUACGGGUAUGCAGCACAUCACAGCACAUGCACCGGAGAUCAACGACAGCAUCCGCACGCGCUGUCAGGACCACCUGCCCUUCUGUGGCUUCCCCUGGUUACUUCCUGUUAAAUUCCUCAUCAAGAAGAAUUGGUAUCUUCCAGCUCCUGAAGUUUCUCCCAGAUCUCCGCUGGAGUUUCAGCUGUUGUCCAGAGAGGAGACCACCUGGGGAUCUGUUAAAAUGACCUUUGAGGCUAAAGGACCGAGUCACAUGUCUCUGUACCUGCGGCCGCACGCGGGCACGUCUUUGAGCCGCUGGUCGUUCGGUGACGGGACGCCGCAGUUUGAUCUCAAUGGAGAAUAUUUCAUCUUUUAUUCUCACGGUCUGGACGCACCUGCCUGGAACUUCUGGUUUGAGAUUCAGCCGCACGAGCCCUCAGAAGUGUUCACUGAUGAGGGAAUGAUCUCUCUCGCUCUCUCGGCUCAUUAUUUCUCAGGUUCAGAUCGGAGCUCAGAGCAGCUGGAGUCUUUGCUGAAGAAGUUUCCAGACUGGGCUUUCGCGUCCUCAUGGGUCAGCACAUAUCACAUGUACAGAUACUGACACGCGCACGCGCACACGCACACACACAUCACACAUGUUCACUGGAGUACAAUACCACGGUACAAACGUCAUUUCACACAUUCCACUGACAGUGUUUGUUCUUGGUUUUUUAUCUUCAAGAAUCCUUGUUUUUAUAAAUCAGCUGUUUGAUUUUUGCUUUGCAUUGUGACAUGAUUCUCACGACAGUUAAACACAUUAUUUACUGCUUUUGAGCUGUCAUUCUUAUUGUGUAUUACUCUAACAGUAAACAGUUUUUAAAUGACUGUACUAGACUGAAUAUAUAUACGGUGUAAUACAAUUAGUUUGAGUUAUUUGAUUUGGCAUCCGAACAUUGGAUGAAUAUCAUCACUGCUUUUUCACAUCAUUGUAAUAAACAUACGAGAGUUUAACUGUCAUGAAAAUGUCACAAUGCAAAAACAAUGUUUUUUAUUCAUUCUUUUUUAACUUCAGUUGAUUUUGGGGUUAAAUAUGAACUGGACAUGUUGACAGAUUUCAUGAGUAAGUGUGUAGUUUGUGUGUGUGUCAGGAGUGAGUUUGGUCUUGUAGAUUCACACGUGAAACAGGACUGACAGUUUUUGACUCUUUAGGUGUUUCAGCAGUUUGACGCAGAACACUGAUGAGACAUUUCAGUUUCGUAGUAUUUAAUCAUAUGUUUUGAUGAUGAAUGUGAUGUAAAUGUUUCUCUGAUGUCUGUAUGUGUCAAUCAAACUGGCGCUUCCGACAGAAACUCGGACACCUCAGACAUGCAAACUCCACUCGUAGUCUUCAUUUCAUUUCAUGUCGUGGACUCAAACGAAUAAUGAAGAAAUCUGUUCUGUUGUACUCGCUGGAGUAACCAUGGCAACACAGGAUUUUAACUCCUGAAAAUAAUCGUUGAAUGGUUGUUUUUUUACAUUUCAGUUUUACAGUGACCGUGCUAGCCAAAGAUUCCACAUACCAUGGUACUUUUUUGACCGCUGUAACACACAGUUGUGAGCGGUGUGAAGGUCUUGAUUUUUAUCUCUGCGUCUGAUCAGGUCUGUUCUGAUUCACAAGAUCAAGUUCUGAUGAAAUGAACCAAAUCAAAGUGUAUGAUUCACAUUCAUCUCUUCUGCUGACGCUUGCUUUUAUUUUCUAAUGGUUGAAUUAUUUCAGUUUAAUGAAGUCGAUUUGAUUGUGUUUGUAUUUUAUUCUACAGCAAAUGAAACACUGGAUGAUUAAUGUGAAUGCAGACGAUGGAAACCUCUUGAAUCUUUAUGACUGUUUUAAUCUAUUUAAUGUAAAGUGUCAGUAAUGCAGGUGGUGAUGGUCUGACGUGACAUGUCAUGUGUUAAGAAUGAAUGAAUGAAAACUUCUGUUAUUACUGAUAAAAUCACUUUCUCAAUCACCAGCUGCUUUAAAGUUCAUAAGAGUUCGGAACUUGGUUCUAUUGCAGCAUGUUUGUGUUGUGAUUUGACCUCAUGAUAUUAUGGGAUGUCAUCACUAAGGUCUUACUGGUAUCCAGGACAUUUAUACACAGGUUUCUCUGCGUGUGUAACUUGAACAACAACAACAAAUAAAACUGAUAAACGAUUGCACAAUACUGUAAUAUCAUCAACGUCUCUUCACACAAAUGUUUCUUUCUAUGUCUUGUUUUAUUUAAAAAAAUGAUCUUGAAUAUUUUUAACAGUAAACAUCAUUUGAUUUGAUGUUAUUGUGAUUCAUUCAGCACUGAUGUGUAUUACAGUGUCUUUAAUGUUUGUUCGCUCGUCUUUUUUCUCGCCGUUCUCACUGCACUAAAUUGUUCUUCCAAGACAAUAAAUCACGUUUUUUGUUUCACGCCUCUGAGUUUUAUUCUG